AUGGAGGCAUUUGCCCACUUCUACCAAGCCCUCUUCACCUCUGAGGACUCUGCUUUAGCUAGAGAGAACAGGUCUAAGUGUAGAACUAUCAUCCCUAAUAUGAUCUCUGAAGAAGAAUCCACCCGGCUUAAGUGCCCUCUUACCCUUGAGGAUAUUCAAUCUGCUAUCAACUCCCUCCUCCCCGACAAGGCCCCAGGGCCUGAUGGGCUCCCCAUCGAGUUCUACAAGGCUAAUAGUGAGUGGGUUUCCCGUGAUCUGCUGGACCUAUACAGAGAGGCUAUCUCUAAGGGCUCCCUUGGCUCCUGUAUUAAUAGGGGCAUCAUAAAACUUAUCCCCAAGGAUGGGGACAAGGCUCUCAUUAAAAAUUGGCGCCCUAUUACUCUCCUCAAUGUCUCCUAUAAAAUAUUGGCUAAAAUUCUUGCUACUCGGCUGGAAAAACUUCUUCCGAGGUUUAUCUGCCCUACACAAACUGGGUUUAUCAAGGGAAGAUACAUCCUUGAGAAUCUCAUCACUAGCUGGGAAGCCAUGGAGUGGGCUAGGUCUUCUAACCAGGAUGCUGCCAUGUUCCUCCUGGAUUAUGAGAAGGCCUACGACAGGGUGGAAUGGGAGUUUAUCAUCAUGAUGCUGGAAUCCUUCGACUUCUCGGGUGAGUUUUGUCAAAUUGUGAAAGUUCUCUUGCAUGAUGCCUCUGCUCAAAUCGAUAUUAAUGGAUCCCUUUCUCCCCCUAUCAUGCUCUCCCGAUCCAUUAGGCAAGGGUGUCCCCUUGCUCCCUCUCUGUUCGUCAUUGCUUCCGAUGCCCUCUUUUACCUUCUAAGAGACAAUACUAUCUCCCCUAAGGUGGAAGGUAUUAGACUCCCUGACAAUAAUGAGCUCCUAAACAUUCAGUUCGCAGAUGACACUACCCUCUUCCUCAGCCUUUCCAAGCUUAACUUAGACAAUCUUAACUUGAAGGCUCAGUUCUUCAGCUCCAUCUUUGGAGCCAAGAUCUCCCAGACCAAGUCCACCUUCCUUAGCUGGAACACCCAACCUCCUGACUGGUUUGACAGGUCCAAUUACCAAUGGGGGGGGCCAAACAAAAUUGUUCGGUACCUUGGUGUUCCCUUCUCUGUCUCCCCGUCACUCAAAGAUAUGUGGCUCUGGGUUAAAGGGAAAAUCGACAAUAAGAUCAAUAAGUGGAACAAUAGGUUCCUUUCUCUGGCUGGUAGAAUUCAAGGCAUCAGGCGUUUUCUCUGGUCUGAUGGCAAAGGAAAUAGUAAGGCCCACUCUGUUAGAUGGAAUUGGUGCCACGCUACGAAGGAGCUUGGGGGACUUGGCCUCAAAGAUCUCAAAACUCAGGGCAUUGCCCUGGCGGCUAAAUGGAUUUUUCAUGCCCUUGAUGGGCAUGAGCCUUGGAAAGUGCUUGUCAGAAGUAACAUCGAGAGGGCUGUCCCUCGGAGGGCUAAGUCUUGGAAAGGUCUGCCUCUUACCGACCUGGUGGCUGGAAGCUUCUCUGUGUCCGUCCAGGGGUCAUGUGUCUUUAGAUCCAUAUGGAAGGCUUGGGAACAUAUCAGAAGGUUCCUGGUUAACACCAGGGUCAGCAACGAUGGUCAUAUUCAUGGUGAAAGAUCCCUGUGGUGGAACUUGACCCAUCAUGGUAAACCCCUGGGCUUGAUAAGGGGGUGCUCGGCUAGAUCUUGGGACAGCAAGGGGGUAAAAUGCCUGGCCGAUAUUCUUGAACAUGGUUCCCUUAUCUCAUGGGAGGAUCUUAGUACUAGGUUCAAUAUCCCCCCCGCCCAAAAAAGAACGUAUAACCUGAUCAUGCAUGCCUGCACAUUGCUCGGCCUCCCGAAGGACUGCGAUAUUGAUUCUCAUAGGUUCCUGGCCUUUGGGUGGGCGGAUGGCACUCCUCUUACCAAAAGCAAAGCCCGUAAUAUUUACUCUCUCCUGGCUUAUGAUACUUCUAUUAUUUCUCAUGUGAAUAUGAUCUGGUACUCUAACUUCUCUGUCUUGCAGUGGAAGAAAAACUUUAGCAGGUUGUGGAAGAACGCUAUUGAUCCCAAAGUCAAGUGCUUUAAAUGGUUGCUCACUCUUAACAGGCUCCCUUUAAAGGGGAAUUAUGACUCGCAUGAUACUUGUUCUAUAUGUAAAAUGCUUGAGACUGGCAGGCACAUCUUCUUUGAGUGCUCCGUUGCUAGGGAAGUAUGGCUGAUGUUUGGUGUUUCCUCUCCCCACUUGGUUAAUAUUAUGGAAAUUAUUUCUAGUUAUGUUCAGGGACUGAAAAAAGAUGCUAAUAUUUUCUGGUUUAUUUUAUCUGCUUACAUCCUAUGGUUCAUUUGGAAAAUUAGAAAUGCUGAUAGAUUAUGUGGCCAGUCCAGGGCUCUUACUGAGUCUUUUCGAAGACUUAUAUUUUAUAAUAUUGCCACGCAGGUCUCGGUCGUGCUGAAUUUGGAAAGGAACAAACUCAGAAGAUUCCUGCGGGAUGGCCAUGCUACCAUGUUUGUCUAUGAGCUUAAAGGCGGACUAGACUGGAGGCGCAAUUUUGAUGACCUUUCCUCCUUUGAGCACGCCUUGAGAAUGCUGAACAAUGAAAUUAGGGACAAUAGGCAGCCGUCUGCUGAGCAUUUGGAGAUGUUGAGUCAGAUCCAGGACCGUAAGAAUAUCGUCUGGAUGGAGGGACCCCAGGGAUGGACCGCUUGGGUGGAGCAUUAUAAUAACAUUCUCAGCUAG